AUGUCAUAUACUGAGCUUUAUCCCUCUCUGUUGCAAAAAGGUUUGGUGGUUCCUAGACCUAUGGGACCUCCACCUGAUUGUUUGCCUCCAUGGUACAACCCUAACACACAUUGUCCUUUUCAUGAGGGUGCUCUCGGGCAUGACCUAGAGGGUUUCUAUGCUUUGAAGCAUAGGGUUUGUGAGCUUAUUGAUAGCAAGAUUCUGUCUUUUAGGGAUAUCGGACUAAACGUGAAGAAUAAUCCUUUUCCCCCCCAUGGAGACCCUACAGUGAACGUGAUUGAAGAUGCCUCUGAUGGUGUUAUGGUUGAGAAGGUUGAUGAUGUUAAAACUCCUAUGGUAGCAUUCCAUGCCCGAUUGGUGGAAGCUGGCCUAAUUGAUGUUUGUCAUGACAACUAUGAAGAGUGUGCCACACACCCAAGGGGGUGUCAGAUAGUACGUGAUAAUAUUCAAGACUUGAUGAAAAAAGGAGUGCUUAAAAUCUCCAGUGUUGCAAAGAAUGAAGAUGUAUCAGUAAUUGAACCUUGUUUUAAUCUACCUGGCCCGGUUGAAAUCUCUUACUAUAGUAGGAAAGUGGUGUCUGUGAAUAGUCAUCUGUCACCUGUUGUGAUCUGUAUGCCUACGUUGUUUCCAUAUGAAAGAACCAAAGUUGUGCCUUGGAAAUAUGAUAUUACCGUUGUGGAUAAGAUCGUUGAAGGAAGUAAAUACGGUGGAGUGUCAGAAAUUGUGAACAAAGACGUCACCAAUAUUGCAGGAAUGAGCAGAAUGACCCGUAAUGGUCGAAUUUAUACACCUGAAUUCAAUGUGACUCCUCAAGUACCAGCCAAGGAAUCUACAGUUAUAGCUCCUGCUAAAGAACCCGAAGUGGUCCAAUCUGAAGAUGUUGUUGAAUUCCUAAAGUUGAUAAAAAGAAGUGAUUACAAGGUUGUGGAUCAGCUGCAUCAAACACCAUCUAAGAUUUCUAUUUUGUCUCUGUUAUUGAACUCCCAAGCCCAUAGGGAGGCUUUGUUGAAGGUGCUUUCCCAAGCUCAUGUAACACAAAGCAUAACAGUAGACCAGUUUGAUGGGGUGGUUGUAAACAUCCUAGCUUACAAUACUUUAAGCUUUAGUGGAGAGGAAUUACCUGAGGAUGGACAAAAUCACAAUCGUGCUCUCCAUAUCUAA